AUGCUGCUCCUCGACUAUCAGAAUGUCUUGAUCCAAUCUGUACUCACAGAGCGCUUCUCAGGCUUACCGCCUGUCAACAUUGACCAGACCGUCUCGGACUUCGACGGGGUCACCUUCCAUAUUUCUACUCCCGAAUCCAAAUCGAAAAUACUGGUUUCCAUCCAAGUACGAUGCUUCAAUGACCUCUUGCAAUACGGUGCUCAGCAGGUUCUCGAACGGGAAUAUGGGCCAUACGUUGUGUCUCCCGAGGCGGGUUAUGACUUCUCCGUACAAAUAGACUUGGAUAAUCUGCCAGAUGAUACAGAGGCCCGAGACGACUUGAUUCGAAGAGUGUCAUUGUUGAAGCGAAAUGCAAUGGCCGCACCAUUCGAGAAUGCAUUUGAUGAACACCACCAGUUGGAAGAAGAAGCCUCUAAAUUUACGUCAGAGGAGGCGCCCCAAGGAGUUCUGGAAGGUGGUGAAGUCAAAGCAAUCCACUACCGCGAUGAAGAAGCCAUCUAUAUCAAAGCCAGCCACGAUAGAGUGACUGUCAUUUUCAGCACAAUAUUCCGAGAAGAGACGGACCGGGUUUUUGGCAAGGUUUUCAUCCAAGAGUUCGUUGACGCGCGGAGGAGAGCCAUCCAAAAUGCUCCACAGGUUUUAUACAGGACAGAUCCUCCCCUAGAACUCCAGGGUGUGCCUGGAGUCAACAAUGGUGGAAAUGCGGAGAUUGGCUACGUUACUUUCGUCCUCUUUCCAAGACAUCUGACCCGCCAAAGAAGAGACGAGGUUAUCUCUCAUAUUCAGACUUUCCGUGAUUACUUUCACUAUCAUAUCAAAGCCUCAAAGGCUUAUAUCCAUUCGAGAAUGCGGAGACGUACAGCGGAUUUCCUCCAGGUGCUCCGACGAGCCCGACCAGAGAACGAAGAAAAGGAGAGAAAGACAGCCAGUGGCAGGACUUUUAAGGUGCAGGGCAGCUAA